UGAUAUAUUCCGUUGCAAUAAGAUAAAUAUUUUAGUGAUUUUAAUAAAUAUUUUUACAGGAUAAAUAAUAUACGCUUUAUAAUAUUACAAAUGGAUUAUUUUAAAGUUCUUCUAAUAAUUUCUUGUCUUUUCUGUUUAAUUUCAGGGCUAGGCGACGAAGAUAUUACAUGCAGAGCUACAAGUUGCAAGAAUGCUGUAUGUGAUCCGGUAAACUCAAAAUGUAGCACAAGUAUCACGAAUUCAGGCGUUUACAUGCUUUCCCCUGAUAUUUGUAAUUGUUGCGAGUACUGCCUUCAAAACCUAGCGCAAGGCGAUACUUGCAGUGUUGGGGAUCCUUCACAGAAUAAAUUUACAUCAAUAUGUGGACCAGGAUUGGCUUGCUUAGUAUCAAGUGAAAGUAGCUCUGAUGGAACAUGCCAACCAAUGUCCACCUCAUGUGCCAAAGAACAGCAGAGCUACGACAUCAGGAGGAAAAAUGGUUAUUUGGGUACCAUGGAAACCAGAGCCUUGUGCGAUGAAGAUGGCUUCUAUGGUAAAUACAAGUGCAUACCUGGACAAUCAUGCUAUUGUCUUCAUUCAAACGGCUCUAGGAUAUUUGGAGAAAAGAAUUAUAAUACUCUCAAUGACUAUAUGUCUUGUGCAUGCUCUCGAGCUUAUUAUGAUGCAGUAGAUACUAUUGGUCGUGAACUGUACCCCCACGAACAUUUCAAGUGCAAUUCGGAUGGAAGUUUUGCCUCCCUCCAGUGCAUAAAUGAAGAAUGUUUGUGUGUAGAUAGUCAAGAUGGCGCACCAACAUAUCCCGACGAUGCCUUAGUUAAAAUAGAUGAAAUAAACAAGGAAACUUUGCCUUGUUAUACAUCUACAAAGCAAGGGCAGUAUUAUACUAAAUGUGAAAAAGAGUUUUUGAAUAUAUAUAAAGAAGUUCAAGAGCUAAAGCGUAAAAAUAGCUACAAUCUCAUACUUGGGUAUAAGUAUCCCAAAUGCGAUUUGGAUGGCAGCUAUCAGGCAGUUCAGGAAAAUUUUACUCAUAAAUACUGUGUGGAUAAGGAAGGCAAUAUGCUAACUAGUCCUAUUCUGAAAACUAACUCUUUAGCGGCAGCUAUGGAUUGUAAAUGUGUUAGGGCUACGUUAUUAAUAUCAACAGCAGAAAAGCCCUCAUGCCAAGAAAAUGGCAACUACGAACAGGUGCAGUGUAGGAGAGGAGUCUGCAGAUGUGUAGAUUCCGAUGGUAACCAGAAGUGUAGUAGUACUACAAAGUUAUGCGAAGAAAUGGACGAAAAAGAGUCUACCAAGUUGACGUGUUCUUAACCAUAUAUUAUUUUAUAUUAGUAUAUUAUGCUAAGCAUA